GAUGCGGAGAUGCGGUUGGCGGUUCUUCCGUCUUCUACACAAACAUUCUGUACAUGCUAACUCUUCUAAAUAAAUAAAAAUGUGUAAUGAAACUGCAAUGGACUAAUAAUUGAAUAAUAAUAAUAAUAGAUUGUGGAUAAAUGAAUUUUACACCAGAAAACUAUCAUACACGGUGACGUUCUGAAUUAUUAAAGUUUUUAACCAACCUUAGUAUCACUUCUAAUAGGAAACAUCUCCCAUAUAUUUAAUUGAUUAAAUGAGGCUUAUUUAACUUUUAAAUAUCUGACAUGCUGAUAUUAUGAGAAAAUCAAUAAGACGAGGCGCGCUAGUACCUGACACCACGUCCCUGCACAAAUGCUUGUGGAAUGCAGUUCGCUGAAAUCAGCUGAAAUUUAACGAUGCAAACAGGCAGUACGUUUUUGGAGGACAGUACUAAAUAUGUAAACUAGAAUUCUCGGUACUGUGAUGGAUCAAUAACUUUAAGAUUGUUAUGUGAUAUUAUGGACAAUUUUAUGAUUUACACCAGAAAUUUAUUAUACAUGUUGACGUUAAAAAUUAUCAGCAUUUGUGAUCAAAAUGCUUAUGCAUUCGAGUAUGGAACACCUUAUAAUCGUUUAAUUGAAAAUGACGAGGGACUCAGUUUGAGAUUGCUACAUCUAUACACAGUAAAAUCUCAUCCAGAAAAAGGACUUUUGGAUUUUUUUUGAAAUCUAGAACUAAAUUCUGAAAAGGACCAUAAAGUGCACCAUAAAAUGAGAAACACAUUAUCUACUGGAGUGAAGACUUCUUUAAAUUAAUAUUUAUUUAUCUGAUCCUUUAAUAUUUCUUCAGUUUAAACACUUUUUUAUUGAUAAUUAGUGAGCAGUAGUUUUUAAAAAAGUGUACUUCCUCUCUUCCGCGGCCUCUCAAGUCUGCUUUUGAUCAUAUUUUUCUUUUCAUGUCAUUCAUUUUGAGUUGCGUUCAGCCGGUGGAUACCGAACCUUUCAGGUUCGUGACUACCGGUCGUUAGACCCAUUUACAUUCACUUACAAAUACCGAACCUUUCGGACGAUCCCUUUUUUCUCGCGUUGAGUAAAUGACGCCUAAACCUGCAGACUUUGAUAGUUCCCCAGGAACUGGAGCCUUUUCUAGCGAAUCGGCGAAGACUGAACUUUCAAAGCUUGAGACUAAUGAUCUUGAGAUUAUUGUUCACAAUUCUGUUGGCUAUUCUCCGAUAUCAUUUUACGAUGAGGAAUCCCAGAUCCUGAAUGCGGAAACUAUCAAGUCUGUAAAUCCCGAAACUGCCUAUCGUGAGGGUAUUCGCGAUUCCCCGUUGCUAACGGAAACCAUCAAAACCGGGACUGUUAAAAAAAAUCGUCCUGGAAAAAAUUGUCGAUUACGUCGAUGUAAACGCUUACUCGCUCUUGCUGUUGCUCGUGAAGUACCUCCUCCGGUACCAGAAACAUUUCCUGUUCCCGCAGCUCUCAAGUCUGACAUUCUUCAAAGUACCGAUCAUGUGGUCAUUCGCGAUCCCCCUUUGCUAACGGAAACUGUUAAAACCCAGGCUGUUCGGAAAAAGCGAAAAAGACCAAACGCUCGUGUAAGAAAAGCAAAAAAAGAGCGUGCGUUUGAUUUCCCAGGUGCCAUCGAGACUCUUGGCCAAGUUUGGCAGGAAAUCUCCUUUCGCGGUUUCGUGACAUAUAUCUUCAGUUUAAUUUAGAAUAAAAUUAAGGGGAAUUAACUUUCAAUUCGUUUGUGAACACCGAGUCUUUCCGGGUGUUGAACAUUUACCCGGCGCGUUUUUUUUUAAAUCGAGACGAUGGAUUCUAAUAAGCCGUCAGACCUUCAUGCUUUGGGACUGUUGCCUGUGAAGCUUGAGGGCGUUCCUCCUGACUCGAUGAACAGCCGAGUUUCACGCUCUGUGUCUUCCGAAACAUCUUCAGACCUUCAGGCGCUGGGACUGUUGCCCGUGAAAUUAGAGGCCGUUGCUACGGAGUCGAUGAACACUCGAGUUUCACGGUCUGUGUCUUCUGAUAAGCCUUCAGACCUUUAUGGCUUGGGACCAUUGCCUGUGAAAGUCGAGGCCGCUCGUCCUGAGUCAAAGAGCACACAGGUAGCGCGAUCAGUGACUACCGAUUCUGAGGGUCUUUUGAGCGACGACUCCAUUUCCGAAGAGCGAGCCUUGCCGGUGAUAACCCAACAAGUUACAACGGAUGCUUUUACAAAGAUCUUGGCUUCCUAUCCUGCCAUUGCCGCAGCCAAUAACAUGGCAGCGAAAGCUAUCGCAAGUAUUUUAACGAAGCCGCCUGUCAUGACUCCUAAAGAUGAAGCUGCUGCAAUCGAAGGCAAGAAAAGGCGCAAGAAAUUGGCAAGAAACACCAAGGCAAAAAAAAAGCGUGAAUUAGUCUUACGAAAAGCCCUCGAAAAUCUUCUCUUAGAUUGGAAAGAUCUCUCGUUCAGAGGCUUUGUGCAGACUAUUUUCUCGUUGCUUUAGGAAUACUAUGGAAGUGAGAUAGGGUAUAGAUGGCAAAACUGGCCCUUUGUAAUCCAUUUCCAAUUAAUAUUGUAAAUGAUACUUGAUUCUGCAAUCAGUUUCACGUGUGGGUAAAAUGUAGUUGAGAGCAUCACAGAAUUCUUUAAAUGAAAUAGAAGAAUAUAAGUUAACAUUUAUAUAAGAAAAGUGAUAGCAUAAUAAAUUAGGCGAACGAUUAGUAUUUAUUACUUUUAUUGGAUGUGGAUAUAUUGCGUGAAUGAUAAUAAGUUUAUAAGACUCGAUUUUUUAAAGAAUGAACUUAUAAAGACGGCUGAAGAAUUAGUUGGAGAAUGUGUUAAGAAUUCUGUAAAUAGGCGUACACGUGAUAGAUUUUUUAAAUACUUAUUUAUUCUAAGAUACAUGAAACUGGAUACACUAUUACGUGCUUCCAAAACUUAAGAUAGUAUAAAUACAAACGACAUAAAUGCAUUUCUUGGUAGCUAUCAAGAUGAUACAUCACUUAUUUCUAAGCAUAGUUUAAGCGUCUUUGUAUUUUUACGAAAACUAAAAAUAUAACUGAUAC